UCCCUCUUAACGUCCUCAGCCUUUGGGACUAAGCAGGGAAGCUCACGUUAGUGGCAGCCAAGGAGAGGGGCCGGCCUUGCCAGGACUAAGAGGGAGGGGAGGGGAAAAGCAAGAAUCGCCCACCCCGCUCCUAGGCGGAGGGGCGGGGGCAUCGGGUCCCCGCCGAGCAAGCAGUGUCUUGGGCUCUGUGCAUCUCUCCGGACCGGCGCGGGGAGGAUGCUGGGCUGCAGGGGCGCGCGCGCGGAGCGCGGGAUGCCGCGGAGCUGGACCGCGCUCUGCCUGCUGAGUCUGUUGCCCUCUGCAUUCACAAAUGUGGAUAAUUUGACUGUUACCAUAGGAUCAUCUACCACAGAAAUAUUUUCAUCUUUUCCUACAACUGAAUCCACCCUGAAAAUGACAACACCAAGUAGUCUUGCAAGUACCGUAUCUUACCCUGUCUCUCAGGACGGCAAUGGGACCACAGCAGCCAUCUCAGAGCAUACAGUCAACAUCACAUCCACCUCUGAGAUCACUUCAGUUCCUGGAACCAUGAACUCUUCUGUCCAGACACAGACCUCUUUAACCAUCACAGUGUCUUCCAUCCCAGUCAACUUUUCAGCUACAGAGACCUUGAAGCCUAGCAUGUCACCUGGAAAUGUUUCAGAUCCCCUGUACAACAGCACCAGCCUUGUGACAUCUCCUGGUAUACACUCUACAUCAUUGUCUUCUACCCCAAGUACCAUCAAGGAAGACCUCGAAUGUUCCAGCAUGACAGGAAUGAAAUUGACCCACGGUAUCUGCCUGAAGCUAAAUAAGUCCUCCAGCUGUGAGAACUUUAGAAAGGACAAGGGAGAGGAACUGAUCCGAAUUCUGUGUGGGAAGGAUCAGGCUGAGGCUGAAACCAGGGGGUGCUCCUUGCCCUUUGUACUGGAUGAUACGAUGCCUCUCUGCCCGCUACUGCUGUUGGUCAACAGAACAGAAUCUACCAGCAUGCUCCAACUUCUGGAAAAACACCAGUCUGACCUGAGAAAACUGGGGAUCCAAGACUUCAUUGAACAAGAUGUUGGGAGCCACCAGAGCAAUUCCCGCAAGACCCUGAUUGCACUGGUCACCUCAGGGAUCCUGCUGGCUGUCUUGGGCAUCAUUUGCUAUUUCCUGAUGAACCGCCGCAGUUGGAGCCCAACAGGAGAAAGGCUGGGCGAAGACCCUUAUUACACGGAGAAUGGUGGAGGCCAGGGCUAUAGCUCAGGCCCUGGGGCCUCCCCUGAAGCUCAGGGAAAGGCCAGUGUGAACCGAGGGGCUCAGGAGAACGGGACCGGCCAGGCCACAUCCAGAAACGGCCAUUCAGCGAGACAACACGUGGUGGCUGACACCGAAUUGUGACUCAGCUGGGUGGGGCAAGGCUGGGCAAUGUCUGGGGAAGGGACCCUCACAACAUCUGACCACGUGCUUUCCUGCUGGAGGUGCCAUCCCUUACUUUUUCCUUUUCCACUGCACACACCCUCUGAGGCCUCUCCUAGGGCCCUGCACUGCACCACCGAAGGGUUCUCUCCACUUUGGGGAGAGGCAAAUAACCCUGCCCUUUACACAUUCAGCAACCUGACCCAGAUUUGGGUCUUCCUUGAGUAAAGGCAUGAUGGGGAAAAAAGCCAAGGCUCAGAGAAGCUCCCAGUGGGGGUUGAUGAUCUUGCAGCAUUCACACAUGACCCCUGCCCUCUCCCUCCUCUGCCUCACUGCAGGAACUCCCAGGGGAAAGCAUGGGCUCUUCUAUGCUAUAAUUUCCUCCCAGGAAUCUUUGCCUUUUCCUGUUACUUCCUUAUAUUUUCUUUCUCUACUUUAUGGAAACCAAAGCCACCCAUUGCACUUGCUCCUCUGCAGUAAUAUAACCAGAAAAACUUGUUGCCUUACGCCAUGUCCCUUAUGCCCCCUCCAAGUCACUGUGGAUUCAGUCACCAGCUUCCCUCUGGCUCUCCAAGUUCCCCCCGAGCUCCACAGGUUCCCCUCGCAUCUGUGUAUAGAGACCUGCCCAGGUUUCUGGCUGAGCCUGGAACUGGGCUCUGAGUUUUAGAACCAUGUCCUGGGGCUCUGUGUUUGGGAGACAGGGUGGAGGUACAUGGACACACAUGUUGCUCCUUGUGGGGGCAAGUGGGAGCGAGCGUACAGCUCAGUCUUGGUCUUUCCGGAGCCUGGCAGAGCUGCUGUUUGGACUCCUCUUUCUUCCUGUGGUUAGAGGGGACAUGAACAUGGGACCAGAUCUUUGAGCCAAGCCUCUUGACCUGUGUGCAUUUGAGGAAGCCUCUUGCUCUUAAGCUAGGUCCUGGCCUUGUUCUCUGAUCUUGAUGGCUUCCUCCUUCCUCUCCGAUUGCUGGGGUGAGCUGUGUCCUCAGUCCCCUCGUAGACUCCCUUCUGUUUCUGCCUUCCCCACUCUGACCCCUUCACUGCUCUGCACCCCAGGUGUUCAGGGCCUUGGGACAUCUCCAGAGAACGCUCACCGCAAGUCGCCUCCUCUGUGAGUGAGCCAGGCUCUCCUUUGUUUUUAUUUUAUUUUCCAGAGGGGUGAGCAGGGAUCCUGGUUUCAAUGACGGUUGGAAAUAGAACUUUCCAGAGAUAGGAAGAUUGGGUGGAUUUUUUUUUUUCUGAAUAAAAAAUGGUGUGUAAAUACUGUAAUUAAAGUGAUAGUGAAACACA